AUGGGUCUCUCACCAAACAAAAAUCAAACAGCGGAAAAAGAGAAAUCAGACUCUGAUUCUGGAGAUGAAAGUGAUAUUGAAUCCACUUUCUCAUUGUGCGAUGAGGAUGGAACUGACAUUGCUCUUGCAGAAAUCGGUUCAAGCUCCGAGGAAGACAACAAAGCUGGAAAUGAUGUUGAAAUGUCUAGUGUAGUCUGCAAGUCUGAAGAUGUGAUGUACAUUGUUUACCCUUAUGAAGCUGAUGCCCAGAUGGCUUAUCUUGUUAAGAAUGGAGACGCUGAUUUUGUUGUCACUGAAUACUCUGACCUUUUGACCUAUGGCUGUAAACAGGUAAUGGCGAAGGUUAAUAUGAAUGGGGAUGGUGAGUUAUUUUUGUUGGAUAAAGUACUGGAUUGUUUACAUCUCACCAUUCCACAAUUUCAAAACAUGUGUAUCGCUGCUGGAUGUGACUACCUGAAGAAUGUGAAAGGUUUUGGCAUCAACAAAGCAUACAAGGCAAUCAAGAUGUAUGGAUCUGAUUUUUUGCAAUUCAUACCCAAUGCACCUGCAGAGUACAUAGAUUCGUUUAACAAAGUUUUUGCAGUUUUUAACCAUCAAACUGUUUUUGACAUCAAUACUUGUCAAACUGUACCAUUGCAAGAAACAACAACUGAACUUUCUCUAGAAGUGCAGUAUCUCUGUGGAAAUGAUUGUGGAGAAACAGAAAUAGUUGGAGAAAUCAAUUCAAGAAAUAGAGGUAUAGAAUUACCGGGUCUGGGUCAACUCAAUAUUUUUCCAAAUCCUGACGAAUGCGUGAUUACACAAGCUUUGGACAAUGUUAAUGGUUGUGUGGAAGAAGCAGUGGAAGUAUUACUUGGAGAUGACACAGAUUAUAAAAUUGAAAUCCUGUAA